UAAAAUUUUAAAUUGCACACGCUUCAACGUCACAAUUCACAUCAUAGCAUGGAAAUCGGAAUUGUCCAAUAUUUUUCAUUAUGCUAAGUAUUAUAUAGGAUUCAAACAAAUAAAAAUGACCGAAGACCAAGAUGCGAAGGAUUCCCAUUCGGAUUCAGGCAGUAAAACUUUUGUCAGUAAGAAUAAAGACAAAAAAGCAAAACCACAGCGACCCCUCACUAAAAUUAUAUUACGGCGAUUGCCUGCAACUAUGACGGAAGAGGCAUUUCUUGAGCAGGUGUCUCCGAUACCUGAACACGACUAUUUCUAUUUUGCAAAGCCAGACACGUCUCUUGGUAACAAUAUUUACUCGAGGGCUUACAUUAACUUUGUAAAUGUUGAUGAUAUUUAUCUCUUUAGGGAUAAAUUUGAUGGUUAUAUUUUUUUGGAUGAAAAGGGUGUGGAGUAUGUUGGUAUUGUGGAAUAUGCACCAUUUCAAAGAAUUCCUAAGAAAAAGAAAAAAAAGGAUCCAAAAUGUGGAACACUUGAAAGUGAUCCAAUAUAUCAGGAAUUUUUAGAAUAUCUGAGUAAAGACCAAGAAGCUGACACCCAACCAAAACUGGAAUAUUCAUAUCCUGUAAAUGAUGGCAAUGAUAAGAAAGUUCAAACAACACCACUGCUUGAAUACUUAGCUGCUCGAAAACAAGACAAAAGGGGUAGAGAUGAAAGACGCAGGCGUGAAAAUGACAAACGUAAAAUGAGAAUUGAAAGGAAGUCUAAAGAUUCUUCAAUCAGAGAAGAAGAUAUUAUUAUAGAAAAUGAUGUUAAGAAUAUCAUCAAGCCAAGAGAAUGGGAUAAAGAUAGAUCAAAUGAUGUGAAAGAUGAUAGUGACAUUUAUGACUCACACACAUAUAAAGAUCGCAAAAUUGCGUUUGGCAGUGAUAAGAGGAAGAAAUUUGAAGAUAAGAAAGGAAACUAUAAAGGUGAAGAAGAUCUAGAUGAGUUUGAUAUAAAAAAAGACAAGGGUGAAAAAAUUGAUUCCCCUCGAGAACAAAAAAGUAAAAAGUACAGUGAUUCAAGGAAGGAAAGAUUCAAAAUCACUGAUGCUAAAUCAGAGAAACAUUCAGCUAUAAAUAAAAUGAUAUCUGAGAAGCCCAAGAACUUGAAUCAUGAUGAUAUAAAACCAUUUACACAGUUGCCUCAUGUUAAAACAGAAGAUUUGAGUAAACUCUUGGAAAGCAAAACAAAAGGUGAAGAUUCAAAAUUAUCAAAAACUGAAAAGAUAAAUAAGAAUAUUACUAAUACAAAUGAUAUAAGAAUGAGAAGAAAUAGCUUGGAUCCAGGAGAUUUGAGUAAAGAAGGCAGUUUAGAAAGGCAGAAAUCUUUAGAUGACAGGAGUAGGUCUAUAGAUAGAGAAGGUUCUGAGGAAAAAGAAAAGGGUGAAAGUAUUGAUUGCCGGACUGAGAGAAGAAUCAGAAAUAAGGAUCGCCCUAGCCUCGUUAUUUACCAACCGGGCAUGGGGAAGUUCAGUAAACAACGUUUGGCAAAAGAUAAAGACCCUCCCACUUCAAAGACGGUUAACGAAAGCGAAAAAAAGGAUACUUGAGACAUUUGUCGUGACUUCCUUAUCUUGGACAACAAUCAACGGAAUUAUCCUGAUGAUGGCAUUCAGUAAGUUUCCAUGAGACGACGGUGACUUUUAGAACUCGCCAACUGAGGGUACAAUGUGCAAAGUUUUUAUUUAUUUACAGUUUUUACGCAAUAUGAAUGCCUUGGAAAUUUCAUGUUCAUAACAAAGCAAUGUUACAUUUGAUGCUCCAUAAAUACUUGCGAUUUUUAGUUUGACAUGUUUUAUUUCAUUUCAAUAUAAUUGUUUUAGUACAA